AGGAGCGUCACAACAGUCGGCCAGCGCGGGACAAGCCACAACCGCUGCUUUCCACCGAGAAAACACCACUGGCAUGCUGCUCUGCGGGUAGCGGGCCACGGCUCUUUGUGUUUCGGACGAGGGGAGUCCAGCCGCGGAGCAGGAGACGUGCGCCCUGCGCCGCGCGCAGAGGCGCACUCGGAGUCAUGGCUCCCACGCUCCUAUGGGUGCCACGUGCUUCUCUGCUGCUGUCACUGCUGCGCUUCUGGCCGCUCGUGUCUGCAGGAGCACUGGAGAUGGUCGACCGACACGCGCCUGAGCUGACCUGCAGCGAGGGUUUGACUGACUGCCACGUGAGCUCAGCCUCUCUGUACAGUGCCGCCCUGCCCGAUCCGGAUGACACAGUGAAUGUUACUCGUGUGCAGCUUAAAGCGAUCCUGUGCUGUUCGGCCACACGAGACUGCGAACCUUGCCUUCGAAUCGUCAUCACAGCUCACGAAGUGGAUAAUGCAAAGCAGGUUCCUGAGGAAUCUGGUGACCUCAAUGAUGAAGAGGAGUUUGGCACGAAUCAAAUGGCAGAGGGAAGUGGUCGCUUUGUGCUUCCUGAGCCAAAAGCUUUGGUGAAAGUGUGUCUCAGCUCUCCAGGCUCCAGUGAAUUUUGCAAGGCGCUCCAGUUUAAACUAAAGCACUCGGGUUCAGACCGAGCUUCUCAGCAGCCCACACACGAGCUGCUGUUGAUAGAGAGAGUGGUGUUCGGCGUUCCCGUUGUGGUCCACGUCGACGCACAUUCAGAUGGAGCGCACAACAUUCAAAAAAUCACAGUCCCAUCUUUAGAAGAAGUUUGCUCCAUGAACCUAGAGGGCACUGUCAGGGAAUGUGAUGCCCCAAGACUCCGAGCUGUGGCUGAUCAUAAGAGAAAUGUGGUCGUCCUCCAGCUGGAAAACACUGAUGCCAGACAAGAUGAAAUCAUGUGCCAGAUGGUUUGGAAUGAAAUACCUGGAGAGGUGCUUGCAUGGCCCAAAGGCAAGACAGAAAUGGUCAUUUCAUCAAACUUUGUUGUACCAUGCCUGUGCUUCCAGGUUUGGUGGAAGGGAAAGCCGCUCCGAACAGAAUCCUGCCCUUUCAAAAACCAACAAGAUGCGCUGGAAAGAAUGCAGCGCAACGUGUCCGUGUCCCUGGCUGAGUGUCAGAUGAGAGAGGGCGGCACAGGGCUGAGCUGGAAUGUGACUGCCCCCUGCAGACUGGAGGCAGAGGUGUGGCUCUGCAGGAAGGACCUGGCUGGAGGCCGGUGUGAGGAGGUGACGGCCUCCAGACAGAGACUCCACAACCAUGCACACGCUGGCUGGAGUGCAACACACAGUGGACACUGGAAAACAGGAGAGUUCAAUGUGUCGUCACAUCCUCUGCUUUGUGUUCAGAUAAAGUUACAUGGGGUGGAGCCAUACUUAGAGCCCCAGUGUCCAUUUGCAAAAUCUCGAUGGAGAUGGAGCCUGCCACUCCUCAUAGGAUUACUGCUAAUGUGCCUGGCCAUACUAGGAGCCUAUUUUAUACAAGGUGUCCUAAAAGGUUACAUGUGGAGAUGGUUAAAAGAAGAUGAUGUUAAAGGUGCGGUGGGUGGCGGUCACGUGGUGCUGCUGUACCCACCUGAUGACGAUCCGGCUUUGCCAGAGCUGAUGAGUCACCUGGGCUCGUCCCUCCAAGCCCUGGGCUUCAGCGUGUCUCUAGACCUGUGGAGCCAGGCCGAGCUCAGCGUCUUAGGCCCCGUGCCUUGGCUCCACUCAAGACUGAACCGACUGCAGAGGCAGCGGGGCAAAGUGGUGUUGGUCCUGACCCAGGCCGCCUGGAUAAGGGCCGAAGAAUGGGGGGCUCGGAGCUGGGAGAGGAACAGGGACAUGGAGGAAGAGGAGGCAGGAAGAAGCUACACUGCUUCUCCUUCCUGUGUGGAUGUUUUCACUGCUUCACUGAGCUGUAUUCUAGCAGACUAUUUGCAGGGCCGCGCUGGUGAGCGGUUCAUGUUGGUGCAGUUUGAAUCGCUUCCACCUCAGCCUCCAGGUGGCUUCCGGCCGUUGCCGGAGCUGUUCCGUGGCCUCCACGUCUACAGCCUCCCCUCCCAGAGUCUUGGUUUUCUGACUGAAUUAGCCGGGGCUCCGCAAAUGGCUACUGCAUCAGCCAGGCGGAAAAGAGCAGGCGGCCUCAGGAUGGCAUCCCGGACUCUGGCACGAAGACUGUCUGGGUUCACAGCUGGGACUACUGUACUACGCCUUGCAGGAGUGCCCCAGAGUUGUGUUGGGGUUGGGGUUGAAGACUCUGGGGAGACGGUGCCGUUGCAGCCUUGUCUAGUUACGCCUCCAUCCAGCCCCGACACAAGCCCCAAGGUCAGUAAAAUGGAAUGGGUCUGAGGACACGUCACCAAACUUUAGUUUUGGGACAAGCAGCCAGUAAUGAGUUCAGAUGUUCAGAUAAACCAGUUUGCAGCUUUUGUAUUCGUUGGUCUAAACAUCUGGUCUCGUGCCUGUUGAAAAUAACACUGAAACUUCAUUACUUCUGAAGGUAAAUUCAAGAUUGAAUACACAGUUUGAUCACAAAGUGGUCUGUGGUGAAUGUAUAUGUAUUAACAGCAUGCCUUAGGACACCAAACCAUUAAUCUCAGUGAAGCAAAUUGCUCCAUUGUUUUUGUCCUUACUGCAUCAUUUAUUUGAGCCGUUUUCAGCCUUAAAACAAGCCAUUGUGUGUUUUUACGUAUUUACUGGCAUUUGAUAUUCUGCAUGUGCAUGUAUUCCAUAUGACUGCCCUAAGAAACAUGAAGAAAAAAAUUAUUAAAAAAAACUAAUUAUUUCCUUUCUCUGAGUUUAUACACCAGUAUAUUCAAAUUGUUUGUUCAGGCGUGGCAGGUCUGUUUUAUACUGUGUUUUCUCUGAACGUUUACAGUUGGAUUGAAUAAAGACGCUGUCUGAAUCAUGAAGUCAGUUGCUC